UGCUAGAAUCGUCUCAAGAUGGCGCUCCCCACGCUCCCCAACCAUGCGACUCCACGCCUCCCGCUCGCCAUUGCCCCCACCGCAGAUCUCGCCGCGCCGUCCUCGCGGCAUGCCUCCACGGCGUCGAAGACCGGAUCCGGCGGCCGAGGCCGCUCCCCCUCCCCCUCCCCAUUCCCCCACUCGAUUCCCUCCCCAAGUCCAGGAAGCCUUCGCGGAGUUGGUGAGACUGAUUUCACGGCUCCCGCAUGCGAUUCUCAUGGCGACGGGGGAUUGGAGGUGGGUGGAAUGGGCGACAAGGAUUCGCGACGCUGCGGCGUGGAUUCGGCGGGUUCAGGAAUGGAAGGCGGCGGAUCAGGCGGUGGCGGCGGCGAGAGAUCCAGAUACGCGAGCCGCGGCGAGCAGAUAUGCAGAGACUUGUCGUUUGAGAGCAGAGGGAGAACAGAGGAUCCUGGCGAAGCGGAUCUACGACGAGGCUACAGUGGCGGAGAGGAUGAGGAUGCCUGCCUACCCGCACUCCCCGUCGGCCGAGUUCGUGAAGUGGGCGAGGACGGAGGCAAAAUCAGAGGAUCCUCGCAGGGUGCUGAGAUGGGAGGGCAUGCUGGGAGUGAUUCCAUCAGGUGCGCCGCUGCAAAACAUCUCGUCCUGGCCGCCGCCGUCGAUUCGAGAUUGAGCUCGGCUGGUGUUCAAGUAUCCACGCCCCCUGGCUCACCUGUGGCGUGCAGAAGAGGCAGUGAUGCCAAGAGUAGGCGUGCUUCGCCGCCGCCGAUGCUGUUAUGUUCGCCGGUGAAGAGAGUUGUGGGUCGAAGAGCCACUGCCAGGAGGGCCCUCCAGGUCAGUGUGCAGCUGUCGGCGGACCCCGCUUGUCCCGUCCCAAAACCAGCGGGUGGAGUGGUUGCGCCUCUUCAAAAGGCGCCUCCCCUUCCGGAUCCGCACCAGGAGGGCCCGGGUCGGGGGGAAGCUAGGGUUCGUCCUACCCCUAGCAGUUUCUUCAUAUCCAAUCUGGUGUGGGUUCGAAAGGAUAAAUUCACUUCUGGAGAGUUCACUGAAGCGGAUUGCCACCCAGUCGGUAAAUCAGAUCGUCUGUCAGCUCCAAAAUCUUUCUCCUUCUCUCGAGAUUACUGGGCAAGGAAAUCCGGCAAGAUUCCUUUUGCUUCCAUUGUCAAGAUGGCGGGAGGAGGAAGAGAUGCUAGCAACCGUGGAGGAAGAUAUGGCUCGGGGAGGGGCCGCAAUGGUCGUCCUCCUGCUCCCACUCCGUCGGGGCAGGAUGGGACCGCUCCACCGCAGUUGGUUCCUCAGGCGCCUCAAGCUGCUCCGCUGCAUAUGUCGAUCUACACCAAGCCCUCUCUGUUUCCAGUUGGUUCUGCUCAAGCUAUCAUGCAGGCAGGGGGCAGAUGUAUGGCUAUCAGGGGGCUGGAAUCCUCAGAUGCAGCAGAUGCCACAGUGGGCGAAUCAGCAGUAGUUCCCCUUCCAGUAUGUGCCUCCUACUCAGGUUUUUCCUCAACAAUUCAGUCCUUAGAUGCAGCAGGUUCAGUUUGGAGGCAGUGGAUCAUCUACUGGAGGAAGUGUGCAGAACAACCAGCCGGAAUCUAGCAAAAAUAAGAAAAAGAAGAAUCAAAAGGUCAAGCAGGCAACUCCUACUACUGCUAGUGAUGAAUCCUCCUCCUUUAAUGUUGAUCCUAAGUUCAUUGGGGUGAUUUGCUACAACUGUGGUCUCCCAGGUCACUUUGUGGGCAUGUGCCCCACCCCAAAAGUGUGUUUCAGCCGCAAGACCCCUGGCCACCACAUGGAUACAUGUCCCACUUGGUACAAACCCUACCCUGCUGCUAUGUAUUGGGGGAGUGCCAAUAAUGGUCUAGGAUUUUUUCAUAUUGAAACUGGUGGCAAGGAAGACUGUGAGUGGCUAAACUUUGGGAAUGUUGGCCUAGUCCUAAUUGAAAAAGGAGAGAUCACUGAGAAAGAGUUGGGGCUUUGUUUCUCUGAUAUGUGGAAAACUAACUGGCCCUGGUAGAUCAGAAGAUAUGAUGAGAAAAAGUUCAUUGUCAGGUUUCCCCCUAACAAGAAGAUCAAAGAUCUGGUAGAAUACCCAUCCAUUAACCUGAAGAAAGAAGGAGAGACUAUAUCUUUUAGUGACUGGAAUGGAGAAAUGCCAGCCUAUGUUACUCUGGAGGAAACUUGGAUUGUGAUUGAAGGACUGCCUCCCAAGUGGAUAUCCUGGAACAUUAUCUCUCAAAUAUCUACUAUGCUUGGGGUCCUUGUUAAUGUUGAUUGGCACACUAUCUUCAGGAGCUUCUAUGAGAAGGUGAGGAUCCAGGUAGCUGUGAGAGACUCUACUAAGAUUCCCAGGGAUAGGAUGGUGGAGAUACACCAUGAGCUGUAUUUGCUGAAGUUUACUGUGGAGUCUGAGGCUGUUAGUGGUCAUGAGUCAGAUAAUCCUCCAGGCCCUGAUGACAACAAUCCCUCUCAGAACAAGCAUACUGAGGACGAAUUUGAUUCCAGUGGUGAUGACUUACUAGGAGAAGAUAUGGAUACUGGAAAUAACGACACUAAUACCAAAGACAAGCAUCAAACUAUUGGAUCCAAUGGAGCCAGGACUAUGCAAAAGUGCUCUACACCUGCUCCUAGAGCCAAUGAAGAGAAUCUUGUCUCCUCUAAGCUCCUGGGUGAACCUAUGACCAAAAGCUACUUAGAGGCAGUGAAGAAGAGACACUAUGAUACAAUGGUCACCCCUCUCCUUGAGCAAUUUGAAGCUGCUGCUGACAAGCCUAUUUCUCAGAAGUGCACUAGUACUCAGCAGAAGUGGGGCCCUAUGGUGGCCUCUAGGGUUAGCACCAGAAACAAUAGAGAUAACAGACCAGCUCUUCAAAAAGCUCAGGAGUUAAAGCAAAUUAAAAACCUGAAAAAAACUACAAUAAGAAAAGGGGACUUGGAAGAAAUCUGGAGGAAAGAAGAAAUCAAGGCCAGACAGAGAUCCAGAGAGAGAGACAUACUAGAAGGAGCUUAAAUGCUGGCUACUUUAAAGCUGUAGCUAAUCAAAAGAGGAGAAAGAAGCAGAUCAUGGCGCUCGAAGGUAAUGAAGGUACCGUAACUGACCCUGAAGGUAUCAUGAAUAUUGCUGUGAAUUACUACAAAAAAUUAUUUGGUUUCCAAGAUAAAAUUAACAUUAACCUAAAAGAUGACUUUUGGGAAGAUGGAGAGAAGGUUACUGAUGCACAUAAUUGCAUCUUAGACACCCCCUUCUCUGAAAAGGAAAUCAAGGAUGUUGUGUUUGGCUCAUAUGCUGAAGGAGCUCCUGGGCCAGAUGGAUUUCCUUUUCUAUUUUAUCAGCAAUUUUGGGACCUUAUUAAAGGUGACUUGUUUGCUUUGUUUCAGGAUUGGGAGAAAGGUGAUCUAGACUUAUUUAGACUCAACUUCUCCCUACUUACUUUAGUUCCUAAAGAGGCUGAUGCCACUAGAAUGGAGAAGUUUAGGCCUCUUGCUAUGAUUAAUUGCAGUUUUAAGAUCUUUGCUAAAUGUGCCACUAAUAAGUUUGGCCCUAUUUGCAAAGAAUUAAUUUCUUUGAACCAGACAACCUUUAUAAAAGGUAGAUUUAUUGCUGAGAGCAUUAUUGCAGCUCAUGAAGUUAUUCAUUCUUUACACUCCAGUAAGCAAUCUGGUUUUGUGUUUAAGUUGGAUUAUGAAAAAGCUUAUGAUAUGAUCAACAAAGAGUUUCUGAUGGACAUGAUGCAUAAGAGAGGAUUUAGUACUAAAUGGAUGAAAAAAGUUGAAUCCCUUUUAUACAAAGGCUUUGUUGGAGUCAAUAUUAAUAACAGCAACAUCGAUUUCUUUGUUGCUGGUAAAGGAGUAAGACAAGGGGACCCAUAUUCCCCCCUGAUUUUCAACUUAGUAGCUGAUAUUUUUACUAGAAUCCUUGUUAAAGCCUCCAGGAACAAUAUCCUUGAAGGACUUUUCCCUAGCUCCAAUUCAGCUGGCAUCAUAAGUAUGCAAUAUGCUGAUGGCACUUUACUUCUCCUUAGUAAUAACACAUCGCAUGCCAGAAACCUUAAAUGGUUACUUUCCUGUUUUGAACAAUUAUCUGGUAUGAGAAUUAAUUUUCACAAAUGUGACCUAGUGCCCAUUAAUAUAAAUGAGGAUGAUGCCAAUAUAUUUGCUCAAAUCCUUGGUUGCAAGCUUAGUGAGUUCCCUAUUAAGUAUUUAGGUGCUCCUUUCCAUCACAGAAAACAAAAAAAAGUGAGCUCCAGCCUACUGUUGAUAAAAUUAUCAAAAGAGGAGCUGGGUGGAGAGGGAGAUUACUGUCUUCUGGCAAGAGACUCACAGUAGUGAAGACCUGUCUGGCCACUAUUCCUGGAUACCUUAUGGGGAUUAUUAAAUUCCAAAAUGGGCCAUAAAUCUAAUUAAUUCUCAACUAUCUCACUAUUUUUGGGAUGAUUAUGAGGGGCAUCAUAAAUAUCACCUUGCUACCUGGGGGAAUGUGACCCUACAAAAGCAACAUGGGGGCCUAGGUAUCCCCAAUAUUGCUGACAUGAAUCUAUGCCAGCUUCCUAUAUUAAGAGAUAUUUCCUGGAUGAAGGCAAGAUUUGGAAGCAAAUCAUUGAUGCCAAAUAUAAAACUCAUAGCCCUAACAUUUUUACUUGCCCUAGCAAUGGUGCUUCCCCCUUUUGGAAAUGGAUCCUUUGGGCUGCUAAAGCCACUAGUAUGGGAUAUUCCUGGACAGUUGGAAAUGGCAAUAGUGUUAGAUUCUGGGAAGACCAGUGGAUUGGGCAUACCACCCUAGAUACCCAAUACUGGGACUUAUACACUGUUGCUAAUGACCAUAAUAUUUCUAUCACUGAAGUUUGGGAUGGCACUAACCUUAAAAUUACUUUUAGGAGGUGUUUCACCCAAAAAAUGUUAGCUGAUUGGAAUGAUCUGUUCAGCCGCAUUAGUAAUGUUAAUCUGGAGGACAAGGAAGAUGCCAUUCGCUGGAAUUAUGAAGCGAAGGGUGUCUACACUGUAAAAUCUUUUUACAACAUUGUUAAUUUUAGGGGGAUUAGGCCGGGUAACCUACCAGUUAUUUGGAAUAUCAAUGUCCCCCUGAGGAUUCAGAUCUUUUCUGGCUCAUGGCCAAAAACAAAUUAUUAACAAGAGACGAUGUGCAAAAAAGACAACAUGUAGAAGAUACUACUUGUCUUUUCUGUGGUGAAUCUGAAUCUAUUGAACAUCUGUUUUUUGGUUGUGUUGUUGCGAUAGAACUAUGGAGAGUGAUUUUUGAUAUAUCUAAUAAGAACACUGGAAUGUCCGUUGAUGACAUGCUGGCCUGGUGGUUUAAUAACAAAAAUCACUCGGCAGACUGUCUGCUACAUUUUGCUGUCCUUUGGACUCUAUGGAAAUAUCGUAACGACAUUUGUUUCAAUCAUGUCCCCUGGCUUGUGAUGCAAGUGCUGUGGAGGAAAACUGCUACUACACUAGGCAGUUGGAUGGUUCGAUGCUCUGGCCUUGUCAAAGAAAGGGUGAUGCACUUGGUGAGAAAGCUGGAGCAGGAAGCGCCC